AUGGAUGAAAGUUGGGGUGAGGGAAAGAGAAGCUAUGAGUAUGAAGUAGAAGAGGAAGAAGAUGUGAGUUAUGGAGAUGAUGGAAGGAAGAAAAGGGUAGUGAGUGAACAUGUUAGGAAAGUGUCAAAAGCUGGUGGAUCAGUGACACCUUCUUGUCAAGUUGAUAACUGUAAUGCUGAUCUAACUGGUGGUAAGCAGUAUCAUAAGCGUCAUAAGGUUUGUGAAAACCAUUCUAAGGCUCAUUCUGUGCUCAUUUCAGAGAUGCAACAAAGGUUUUGCCAGCAAUGUAGCAGGUUUCAUGAGUUAUCAGAAUUUGAUGACUUGAAAAGAAGUUGUAGAAGGCGUUUGGCUGGACACAAUGAGAGGCGUCGCAAAAAUGCGUCGGAGUUUAAUGGAGAAGGAAUUCAUUGA